AUGGUGGCCGCUUCCUCGUGCCUGAGCCUCCUCCUCUUCUUUGAGGCCGGCGCCCCUCCUCUUCUUCCUCUCGUCCGCACCACCGGGGCCAUGCCCGAGCCUGAGCCCUACAUGGCGGCGGCGCGUGAAUCACUCGAGCUCGCGAGAGGCAUGCGGGCGGCGGCGCGAGAUUGGGCGAGGCGGAGAGGCGUGCGGGCGGCGGUGCGAGCUUGGACGGGCGCGCGGAUGGCGGCGUGA